AUGCCCAGCUGGGCCAUGCCCCCGGCCCGCCCCCGGCCCCGGGCGGGGCUGCCCCGUGCCCGGCCCCGGGCGUCCCGCCGCGGUCUCGCCUCCGGCCGGCUCUGGCUGUGCUGGCGCUGGCGCUGCUGGGCGGGCAUCAGUGCCUGGGGCUGGGGUGGCAUCGCCUCCCUUUGGCUCCACCUGGCCCGAGCCCAGCCCCAGCCCCAGCCCCGGCUCCUCCCGGGGCCCGUGGAGGACACAGGCGGCGCGGCCGCUGCGGCUGCCUCCGCUGCGGCUUGCCCGGCCCGAGCUCCGCCGCUCGGCAGCGCGGCCACCGGCCCUGAGCCGCCGCUGUCCCGUUCCUGGGAGCGAACGCCUGGGCAUGGCCGGCCUGGGGCGCUUGAGGGGCGCUGGGGGGCCCUUGCUGGCCCCAGGCCGAGCGCUGACAGCCGCGUCCCGUCCGCAGGGAAGGCGCAGCAGGGCCUGAAGGAGCAGGACAGGCUGGGCUCGCUGCUGGGGCGCGGCGGCUUUGGCAGCAUCUUCGCGGCCACGCGGCUCUCGGACGGGGCCCCGGUGGCCAUCAAAAGGGUGCCACGGAACCGCGUCCGGCACUGGGGCGAGCUGCCCGACGGCACCAGCGCACCCCUGGAGAUCGUGCUGCUGGCCAAGGUGUCCACUGGCUUCCCUGGUGUGGUCCAGCUGCUGGAGUGGCUUGAGCUCCCCAACGACAUCUUGAUGGUGCUGGAGCGCCCGGAGUGGUGUCAGGACCAGCAGCGUUUCAUUGGGGCACGGGGGUUCCUGCCCAAGGAGGUGGUGCGGGAGCUGUUCCACCAGGUGCUGGAGGCCGUGUGGCACUGCACCAGCUGCGGGGUCCUGCACAGGGACAUCAAACCAGAGAACAUCCUGCUUGACCUGCACACUGGGCAGGCCAAAUUGAUUGACUUUGCCUGUGGCACCUGCCUGCAAGAGACAGCCUACACUCACUUUGCAGGAACACGGUCAUACAGCCCCCCGGAAUGGAGUCACUUUGGCUGGUACUAUGGCAGGCCAGCUACCGUCUGGUCCCUGGGCAUCCUGCUGCAGCAGAUGGUCUGUGGGGAGCACCCUUUCAGGAGGGGCCAGAACAUCAGCUGGGACCAUCAGCUCUCGCUGCCACAAGGGCUCUCUCAAGGUGGAUCCUCAUCUCUGGCCAUGGGGGGAAUCCCAGUGCUGGGAGACAGCAGCGGGCUCAUGGGUAGCUUGAAACACACCAUGCUGCACUGGCUGAAACAGAAUCGUAGCAAGGUGAACAAUAUCAUAAGAAUUGCAAAGGGUGUCAAGGAGGCACAGCCACCUGGCAGGGAGGCAGAGUCCAAGGAACAGCAGGCCUGGAUCUGCUCCGAGGGCUAA